UAUAUACCAUUUAUGCUCCCUACCCUUUCUACAUGUCCAUGGAAACAUCGAAACACUUGGCCAUGGCUCCCAUAUAACUACCAUAGCUCCACUUUACUCUUUCCCCUCCGGCAUAUAUACCACCUCCAAGAGAAAUAAAGAAAGAACAAGUCCUUCUGUAUACAGAGCUAGCUAGCCAUGGGAACAGAUCGAGAGCUAGACAUAGCAUAUGGCUACAAAACCAGGCCUUCGUCUCUCUUGAGCUCCAUUUUCAUGUCCACGGUCAACAGAGCCGCAAAGACGCUCGUUUCCGUGGCGAAAACUGAACAGGCGGAGAAGUGGAAGGCCACGGACCAUUUGCGCUUUGUGGUCAUGCUAAUGACUUGGCUCACUGUGUGGGUUCUUAGGGUUCUGAUGGAUUACUUCCCUUGCUCUAUAGGCCCCCCUCCUCAAUAUCUCCUUGCAGGCUUCCCGUCCGUUGGAUCAUUCGACUUGUCAUCUUCAUCAUCCCUAAUGCCUUCCUUUCCUUCGUUGGAUUUGGUUGUUCAUGAAGGACUUGAUGGACCGUCCGUCCAAGCCCUUGGGAGAGCGCUCUCACAAAUACUUGCGCUCCUCAACGACAUCCCGGCGACGUCCGGGAAAUAUCAAUUUGCGAUGGCGAUGGCCGAAAGGGUAAUGGACGAGAACGCCAGAUACGGCCACGCGGCGCUUCUCCAGAUCAAUCGGAUGGCCCUCGCUUCAGCAUUCGCGCGUACUUCAAACCUUCUACACCGCGCUCUCGAACGCACACAAGCAGAAGAUGACGACGACGCCAACUCUGGCGCGUGGACCGCACGCGUGAUUCGGGCGCUUCCUAUGGGGUCUUACUUGAGUAACUUGACCUCCUACAUGAAAGGGUUCCGCGUUUGCGUAAACGUCAUAAUGUCUACUGUGGCCAAUGCUGGCACGUGUCAGUUACAGAAGAAGAGGCAACUGGCGGGGGUAGCCAGUGAGAGGGAGGUGGAGGAGCUGAUGGCGGAGAAGCUGGCUCAGGAGCUGCUGUGGAUAACGACUAAGCUUAGGGAUUAUGGAGCCGUGGAUGAAGCUUUGGUGCAAUGGAGCUUUGCCUCUGGUCUAGCCUCCCUCUCUCUCUGUUCUAAUGUUAGGGUCCAAGGCUUCAUGGUCAAGAUCUCAGCCAUACUAUGCCGAGACCUGAGUGCUGGAGAAGGCAUGGCAAUUUCGAGCCAAGUGAAGUUCAGGUUGCUAUUGUUUUGGCUGCCCUUAUUUUGCCAUGCAAGCAACGGGCUGGCAUAUCCUGUGCUGACAAGGUUUGAAAAGAUGGAAGUAGAGAGAGCAAUAGACGAAGUACUCUCCAGCUUGGCGGCAGGGGAUCAAGAAGUCAUCCUCACAAAUUGGCUGCAGGAUUUCGCCAUAGCUGCUUCAGAUUGGCCCAAUCUCCAAUUUUCUUACGAUCGGUGGUGCCAAUUUAGUCGUAUAGUUGUUACAUAAAUUUGUGCAGAACAUUUAUAUUUCUGGAGGUCCAAAUCAAUAACGACUGCAUGCAUGCUCGCGGCAGUCAUAUUAGUGUGUAUGUUUUUUUAGUAAUUACUUCUCUCUUUGUGUUUUUCUUUUUGUCCUUCUGCUGUUGUUAGUGUGUACGCUACCACGUACGUACGUAGUAGAUCGAUCAAUAAGACCUCGACUUAAUUAGGCCUGGCCUGUUUCUUUUUA